ACGGAUGGCUUUUGUGUUUCGGUUUAACCUGACGCACCCAGUGAAUAACCAAAACCCGGGUAUUUUUCACCGCCAGGCAGCCUGGGUGUCUUCUGCGCAGGGGUUACCCGAUCAGCUGUUGUUGCAGUCGGCGUGGGGAAACGUUGCCGUGUUUAAUUGUGCAGGUUUCUGCUUUUCUGACCGACCCGAACAACCGCCCGUUUGUCGACAUGGAGAAUCGAAAACGACCGUUAGAGGCGGUUUCGAGCACCGGCUUCAAAACGCCGGAGAAGAGAGUGUCAAUGGUCCGGCUGCAGGACUCGGACUACAUGCGAUGGGGAGUGGAGGAAACGUGUCAGUACCUACGACGAGAAGGUCUUGGAGCUUGGGAAAAUAAGUUUAGAGCACAAAAAAUAACUGGAGUCGGGCUGAGGUAUCUCGGGGAUGCUGAGCUGGAGAAGAUUGGCAUAGAGUACCUCGGUGACCGUCUGCAGAUCCUACACAGCCUCAGGAAGCUGUGGCAGAUAGAAGCUGAGCCAAGCAAGGUGUUUAAUGAUCCCAUCCACGGGCAUGUGGAGUUACACCCACUUCUCAUCAAAAUCAUAGACACACCUCAGUUCCAGAGGCUACGAAACAUCAAGCAGCUUGGAGGGACCUACUUUGUUUUUCCUGGCGCAUCCCACAACCGCUUUGAGCACUGCAUCGGGGUGGGUUACCUGGCUGGACGACUCGUACAAGCUCUGAAUGAGAGGCAGCCAGAACUCCUAAUCUCUCGCAGAGACAUCCUUUGUGUGCAGAUCGCUGGGCUCUGCCAUGACCUGGGACAUGGGCCAUUUUCCCAUAUGUUCGAUGGGAUGUUCAUCCCCAGAGCACGUCCGGGAGUUACCUGGAAGCAUGAGAUUGCCUCUUUAGCCAUGUUUGACCACCUGGUUGAUGACAAUGGCUUGAAGCCGGUGAUGAAGCAGCACGGCCUGGUGCUGCCUGAGGACCUGGACUUCAUUAAGGAGCAGAUUGCUGGACCACAGGACACUAAAGCAGCUCAAGGCCAGAAGUGGCAGUACAAAGGCCGUCCAGAAGACAAGUCCUUCCUCUACGAAAUCGUGGCUAACAAGAGAAAUGGCAUUGAUGUGGAUAAGUGGGAUUACUUUGCCAGGGACUGCUACCACCUGGGCAUCCAGAAUAACUUCGAUUAUCGCCGCUUCCUGAAGUUUGCCAGGGUGUGUGAGGUGGACGGGCAGAAACACAUCUGUACUCGGGACAAGGAGGUGGGCAACCUGUACGACAUGUUCCACACAAGGAACUGUCUCCACAGAAGAGCCUAUCAGCACAAAGUGGGAAACAUCAUAGAGACCAUGAUCACAGAGGCCUUUUUAAAAGCAGAUCCGCACAUCCAGAUUGAAGGCUCAGGAGGGAAGAUCUUCACUCUCUCUACAGCCAUAGAUGACAUGGAGGCCUACAGCAAGUUGACAGAUCAUGUGUUUGAACAAAUCCUCCACUCGUCCUCCGUGGAGCUGGCUGAAGCGAGGCAGAUUCUGCGCAACAUCAUCUGUCGACGCCUCUACAAGUGUCUGGGCCAAACCCAGGCAGAGAAACCCCUGCAUGCCACUCAGGAGAUGAUUCACAACUGGGAAGCAGAAUUGGCUCAGACCAUCCCUCAGAGUGGCGCCUAUGACGUCAAUCUGAAGCCAGAGGACUUUGUAGUUAAUGUCAUUGUUAUGGACUAUGGGAUGAAGGAGAAGAACCCUGUCAACAAUGUGCGUUUCUAUUGCAAGGACGACCCAACUACAGCCAUCCAGAUUCGCAAGAACCAGGUGUCAAAACUUCUUCCAGAACAAUUUGCUGAGGAGCUGAUCAGGGUCUACUGUAAGAAGACGGAUGAUAAGAGUAUGGAUGCUGCCAAGAAGCACUUUGUCCAGUGGUGCAUGAACAAGAACUUCUCAAAACCUCAGGAUGGAGACAUAAUUGCACCUGAGCUGACCCCUCUGAAAGCCAGCUGGUCAAACAAAAAUGAAGGCGAGGACGGCGAAGAUGGCGGCCCUAGAGAAGUAAAUGGCAUUAGAAUGAAUGGACAGAAAAAAGCCAAAACUCAGCUUUUUAAGUAAGAGAAAGAGAGCAAAGACCCCGCUGUUACACAUUUGGUAGAUGACAUAGCAUUGAGUGAAUAUUAUAUUUUUCUACAAGGUGAGUGUGUUGAUGAGCACAGCAAAGCUGAAAGGUUUUUACACCAAAAAAGAAAUGAUUUCAGCAUUUCAAAAAUGUCGAGGGCCUGAACUGAACUCAGGGUUUUUAGAAAAAUGAGAGAUUCAAUAUUCUUCAGUAUCAUACGCAUAUCGAUUUUGUUUGAUCAUUUUAAUUAGGCUUUUAUUUUAGACUCAUUUAGAACUGCAGGUGUCCCAUUUUUAAGUUGAAUUGUUGUAUACCAUGUGCUAAGCAACAGCCUAUCAAGCAUUUGAAUUAUGAACAAUAAAUCAUGGUCAGUUAAAAUAUUUUACUCUGAAACAGAAUAUGCACAUGAUAUAUUUCAGGAUAUACAGCAAAUGGGUUUCAGGGCAUUGUUUUAUUCAUCUUCCACAUAAGCUAAGGUUUUUUUUUAAACUGUCAAGCUUUCUAUAGAGGUAUUUCAAAUCUGCAGUCAAAAGUCACUUUAUAUGAACAAACACAGUUUCUGACCUUAAGGUGAGCAUUUAUUUUUAAUUGUGGAAGUAUUGGGAAAUUUGAUUUGAUCUUACUUUGAAUGUAUUUAUUUUUCUCUGGGUUUCUUGGUUUGAGUGUGUUAUUUAGUUAUUUAUUGUUCCUAUACUAAGUAGCACAGCUUGCAUAUUGCUGUCUCCACCUUACAGAUAUGUGCAGCAUCUUAAGCGGGGUUUUGGAUACCAUUUAAGAUGUUUUCCUCUAUUUCCAUUAACAUGAUGAAACCUCAUCAAACUUGCCUCAUAGCUGGUUGUUUUCUUGUGUUUGACUGUGAGAAAUAUUUUUGAAAGAAUGUAAAGGGAAAUCUACCAAAGGGUUUUGGGAGAUCCUGUAAAGGUUAUUCCUAUGGAAAGGGGCUAAAAAAGCUUGAAAAUAAAACUCUUUCUCUCA